UUCAGUCAGGUGAUCAAAAUAAUCCCAUUUACAAAUUGUAUGUAAGUUACUUAGCUUUUUAUUGUUUCUCUAUCUCUCUCGCCGGCAGCAUACCCCUUCUCUCCCGCUACUAUGUGCCCCCCUUAACAAUUAGCCGGAGGCGCGUAGUUGAAGCUCUAAGUGCGUUUCGUUUGGAUUGAAGCACUUUUUCGAUGCUUGAUUAAUUAAUUAACCAUAUACAAGGGUCGGGCCAUAAGACUAGGGUAACGAGCUGCCAACUGCUGACUGCUGACUGCUGACGACCUUAACUGCAGCUCAAGAGUCUGUCAAUCCGAUUAGCUAUAAAAAGGCUUAGGGUACAAGCCGCUUGGGUUUAUUUGUUGCCCGGACAGUCACUCGACUAUUCAGCAUGCGCAUCCGCUCAGGGGAUCAACAACUGCUACUUCUCCUCCUCACGCUGGCUCUGGAGCCCAGCUGGACAGCCACAAUUCUGCACAGCCUGGCCGGGCCGGGCAGCGCCAGUGCCAUCUCGCAUCAGAGCUUUGUGCGCUUGACGACCAAGCCGCCGUCAGCGCCGCCAUCGCAGCUAAUCCUGCAGGUUAGCCCGUCCACAAUGCGCAUUGUCAAUGGAAAAGAGCGACGGCUGGAGGUGCAGCAGCUGCAGACAAGUGGCAGCCACACACCUGCACAUCUAACAUAUGCCGCACGGCCGGUGGUACACCAGAUGCUGCCCAGGAUUAAGCCGGUCCGGAACAUAAGCUACGCCUCGUUGUUACGCGCCUCUCGAGCUCUGAGUCAGGCACACACGCACACUCAGUUAAAGUUUGUUUAGCAUUUUUUAUAUCACGCAGUUUAAGUUUUUUUUUAAAAAUUAAGUAAACAAUUUGAAAACCGUCUCGAAAUUCAAGUGAGCU